AUGUUUUUUUUAUAUAGGAUUACCGGUUUGGUCACAACAACAACAACUUCCCUAAUAAUUGCCGGUAAUUAUAUGAACCGAAAACAACAAACCGCACUAACAAUUAACAACAAUUGCCGGACAACAGACACCACAGUUAGACAACACUUAACGGGACAGUUGCCUAUGAGAACAGUUCGGUUAGACAAUGACCAAAACGAGAAAAACUGGAUAAAAUCGGUACACAAACAAGCGAUGCCAUCGGUGGUCACUAUCAACCGAUACGACGACACCGGCAUAGCAGCUACUGGACGUCACUAUCAGGCGGGUACGGGAUUUAUUGUAGACGACUCGAUCGGCGAUCGGCGACUGGUCUGUACCAGCUAUCACGUGGUUACCGAUGCCAUUCGUGUGGUAGUCAUUUUUUCAGCCGCCGCCGGUCUAACGGCCGGCAAACUACUUCAGCAACCGGGACCUCUGGCCAGCCGACCAGUGCGAUCGGUGUGCGGUCGAGUGGUGUACGUAGAGUCACAUCGCGAUCUGGCUCUCGUCCAGCUGGACACUGUCCGACCUGGCGUUUUAGCGGCCGCUACAGUGGCCACCAGCGCGGCCGAUGUCGGCGAACCAGUAUUGAUGAUCGGUUCGGGCGGUGACCUCAAGUUUAGCGCCUGUUCGGGUGUUAUCGCUGCCCAAUCGGUUGCGGGACUACUGUCCCGCGAUUGUCAUCACUUCUAUAACACUCUGUGGCCGCAAACCUAUCACUAUUUGUGUCAUUCGGCUAAUUCGAUGCCCGGCUAUUCAGGUGCACCGAUAUUUACGGCCAGCGGUCAAGUUGUGGCUGUUUGUUGUUCGGCUAUUGAAGAUCGUAUAGCUAUUGCCAUUAAACUGGACGACCUAAAGGAGUUUAUUAUUAAUGGCAAACAAUAUAUGGAUAAUCCGUCACUAGAUUUAAGACAAAAACGAUUAGAUAAGUACACAACAAGACUGAAGAGAUCGUUGGGUAUUAUUCUUCACGAGACCAUUGAUGGAGAGUUUGUGGUCAGCGAAGUGACCGCCAGUUCGCCGACUAUUAGAUCUAAAUUACAAGUCAACGAUAGUAUCAUUCAAGUAAACGGCGAUAAACUAGUAUCGACUGACCAAUUGAUCCGUCAAUUGUCUCAAUUGAUUGAUAACCAAUCGAUUAGUUUAAGAAUCAGAAGCGAUACUAAUGAGGAAAUGGAUGUCGAAAUUGUACCACUAGUUAGCCAAUGGUUUUAUAUAUAA